GCAGUGCUUCGCUUGUGUCCGAUCUUUGUAUAUGCAGCAGCAGAGUUGGAUUGGGGGGAGCAGUCUGUGUUGGAGUUUUCCUACACCAGCAGAACUGUGGGGGCUGCAGAGCUGGAAUGGGAGCUGCUUGUUCCUUCUCAUUAGACUUCCACAGAAAAGCAGAUUAGAGAUUUGUGAAUUAGCAGCUGAGGCUGCUUUAGGCAGAUUAAAUAGAAGGGAGAGAGAGAGAGAGAGAGAGGGGGGAAAAAAAGAAGUUGACAUAGGAGAGAGCUAAAGGUGUGCUAAGGAUAGAAUAAAGGCACUUAUAAUAGGAGAAAUUCAAAGAAAGGCAAUAGGAAAAGAGAACCGAAAAUAAGAGGGACGGUCUGGAUCCGAGACGUGGUGGAGGGUGAAGGUGAUCGUGUCGAAAUCCGCAAAUUGCAUUCUGGAUUGCCUUAGCCAGAGGAGUCCCAUCUGCUAGACUAGACUGUGCAGGUAGGAUAGGCAACUGGGAUUAGUCUUAGAGAGUUUGCCAAAGCAAUUCUGCAUGGGUAGAAUGACCAGACCAGAACAUGGGCAGUGAUCGCUGGAAGAACAUUGGAGGCUCCCCACAGAUGGAGGACACUGUACAGGAAAAGUCACAGAGGACCAGCUGUGGUUACAUCCUCUGUACCGUCCUGUUGUCUGUCGCUGUCCUCUUGGCGGUAACCGUUACAGGAGCAGUUUUGUUCAUGAACCACUACCAUGCUCCUUCCACAGAGCCUCCACCAGUGAUUACUACCAACAUGGAUGACCCCAAUGCCCUGGUCACCAUAGAAAGAGCAGACAGCUCCCACAUCAGUAUAUUCAUCGAUCCCAACUGUCCAGACCCCCUUCCUCGACUGGAUGGCCUGCAAUCUUCUCUGCUGUCCGCCAUGGCUGACCACGACUCAGAGCUGAAAGUGGCUGUGGGAAAAGAGAGGGCUUUGCUGGCGGGAUUGGCUGACCAAGUGACACAAAUGGUUUCCCAGGUGUCCCGGCAGCGGGCUGAUUGGGAGAGCCUAAGAAAAGGACAGAAUGGAUUAGUAUCGGAGCUGGGGGCUUUGCAGAGUGAGCAAGGCAGACUUAUACAGUUACUAUCAGAGGGUCAAAGUCAUGUAGCCCAGCUGGUCAACUCGGUCAGUGAAGUGCUGGAUAACCUUCAAAGAGAUCAUGGCCGAUCCCGUGGGAAGGGAGAUCUUGUACGGACACCAGCCAAAAGUACCAAGUCUCGUGGCUGCACCAAUGGUUCCAAGCCGCGGGAUUGUUAUGACAUCUUGACGAGUGGACACCAAGAGGACGGCGUUUACUCAGUGUUCCCUAUUCACUACCCUACUGGAUUUCAGGUCUAUUGUGACAUGACGACUGAUGGCGGAGGCUGGACAGUUUUCCAGAGAAGGGAAGACGGCUCUGUGAACUUCUUCCGUGGAUGGGAACAGUACAGAGAUGGAUUUGGAAAGCUGACUGGAGAACAUUGGCUGGGCUUACAGCGGCUUUACUUAUUGACUAUGCAAACACAUUACCAGCUCCGCAUUGACCUGGCUGACUUUGAAAACUCUACAGCUUAUGCUCAGUACAACACGUUUGGAGUGGGCCUGUACGCUGUGAACCCAGAUGAAGACGGGUACCCUCUCACGUUGUCGGACUACUCGGGAAAUGCAGGAGAUUCCAUGGGAAAGCACAGCGGAAUGAAAUUCACCACCAAAGAUAUGGACAACGACCACUCAGAGAACAACUGUGCCAGCUUCUACCAUGGAGCCUGGUGGUACCGCAACUGUCACACUUCCAAUCUGAAUGGGCAAUAUCUCCGCGGUCACCAUGCCUCCUAUGCCGAUGGCAUUGAGUGGUCUUCCUGGACAGGUUGGCAAUAUUCACUCAAAUUCACAGAAAUGAAGAUUCGUCCCUUACGAGAAGACAAGUGAUUUUUCCCAUUGUUUCCUUACUGGGAGGGGGAGGUGGCUUUUUAAGGGAGAAAUGCUAACUUGCACUCACUUAUUUGGGUGGGGAACCUUAAAAAAAAAAAGAAGCAAAGACUUUUCAGCACUUCUCAAUGCUUUUGCAUAAAAAUAUGUCAGUGUUGAGUUUCUGAAUAUAUUAUAAACAUGGCAUAUAGGAGUUUACCAGGAUGAUCUGACAA